GCUGUAGCAAUGUGGGCUUCAGCUCGUUAUGCUUGGUAUGUUUGUAAACUUCUUGACGAAAUUCAUAGACAAGAACGUGAAGAGCUAGAGAACAAGCUUGAAGCAAAAGACAAAAACAUACAGAAAAGAAUACCACGUUCGGUACCAAAAGGAAAGGAAAAGAACUAUAAGUAUAUGAUUUACACUGAAGAGAUGGAAAAUGAAGAAGACAGAGAUAUGGUUAUGUUGCAUUUAGUCAGAAGAAACAACAAAAGCUUUUACGACCUUGCUAAGAUUUACAAAUCUGACAGAAAUUGGUUCUAUCGCGAAAACUUACCGAUUUCAAUGACACCGAAUGAAGAUGUUAAACAAAUAGUUCAAGAUACGUUACCUCAAACACACUAUGAUAUUAAAGGUUGUACAAUUCUUACAUUCAAAGAAGAUUUGCCAUUGUUAAAGGAAAAAAUAACAGAGUAUUUUGACAACUUCAAACAAGCAGAGUAA